UCCGGUUAAGCUUUUUUGCUUCAUUGAAGGUCGUCGGUCCUAGUUACUGACUUCACGUCAAGAGUGUACUACAGUUUAGUAUACAAUAGCUCUUUAUUUUUCAGUACAAGUUUCUCCUGGAAAAAAAAGACUAGUUUUGUCAUAAUGUCUGCGGGAAUGUUGGCUAAACCUCAGAUGCGUGGCCUCCUUGCCAAACGCCUACGGUUUCAUCUCACUGUGGCAUUUUCUUUAGCUUUUACAGCAGCGGCUGGAUAUAAGUUUGGUGUAGCAGAACCCAGAAAGAAGGCAUAUGCUGAUUACUACAAAAGAUUUGAUGCCAUGAAGGAAUUUGAAGCCAUGAGGGAAGCUGGAGUCUUUGAGAGUGUAAGACCAAAGGGUGAAUGAGGGGUGGCGAUGCUGCUGGAUUCCUGGAGGUCCUGCCCCCCCUCAAAUCUUCAGAGACCUUUUGUUAUACUUAACCUGUAUGUCAAGUGUGUAACUUAAAAUAAAUGAGCCACUCCUGUGA